AUGCUGGUUCGAGCCCUGGGCAAGGUGGUCCUUGCCUCUGGAGAGCAAUCCAUGACCCUUCUUCCCCGCAUGUUCGUGGUGCUGUUGAACGACAUCGGUCUCAUUAGAAUCUCUGGUAGACUCUGUACCCCAAAAGCCAUCUCUUACGUGACUGGCUUAGACGGGACAGCUAUAAUCGCUUUCUCGCAUGAAGCACGCCCAGCUACAGGCCAGGCUAUUCAUGAGCUGUGCUUCUUUUCUCCCCGGGGGGUUUCGUGGCUGCAGGCAAACUUGAAGAAGUUUAUGGAGUAUGUGCAGACACUGAAUGUAGACAAGGUCAGCAGGCUGUUGGAGAAGGGACUGGACCCCAACUUCCACGACCCGGACACUGGAGAAUGCCCCCUCACGCUGGCUGUACAGCUGGACUACAGCUCCGACGUGAUCAAGGCCUUGAGGAAUGGCGGGGCCCACCUGGAUUUCCGGACGCGGGAGGGGAUGACGGCGCUCCACAAGGCGGUCCGGUGCCGGAACCACGCCGCCCUGAUGACGCUGUUAGACCUGGGGGCCUCUACAGAUUACAAGGACAGCCGUGGAUUAACGCCUCUGUACCACAGUGCCAUGGUGGGAGGAGACCCCUACUGCUGCGAGCUCCUGCUGCAUGACUACGCCCAGGUGGGCUGCGUGGAUGAGAAUGGCUGGCAGGAGAUCCACCAGGCCUGCCGGUACGGGCACGUGCAGCACUUGGAGCACCUUCUCUUCUACGGGGCCGACAUGAGGUCACAGAACGCCUCGGGGAACACUGCCCUCCACGUCUGCGCCCUCUACAACCAGGAGAGCUGUGCUCGGGUGCUUCUGUUCCGUGGGGCCAGCAAGGACAUCCGGAACUACAACAGCCAGACGGCAUUCCAGCAAGAGGCCGUCUCCAUCUGGGUUUCACGGAGCCUUGGAAAGGUGCAGCUGGGCCGGCUUCCCAAGCAGCAGAGGCCCGACCCCGCGGUCCCGGCCGGCUCUCCCUUGGCAGGCUGA